CAUUCAGUCCUGUGCUGCCAUUGUUGAGAAAAUUGCAGAGAGAAUUUCAAGGUCUGAGAUCAUUCAAUUGGAGAGAGAAUUUCAAGGUCUGAGAUCAUUCAAUUUGAAGCUUAGAGAUUUUUCAAUGGGGCGAGGAAAAGUUGUUAUCAGAAGGAUUGACAAUUCGAGCAGCAGGCAGGUUACUUUCUCUAAACGGCGAAGUGGGUUGAUGAAAAAAGCAAAGGAGUUGGCGAUUCUGUGCGAUGCACAAGUUGGGCUCAUCAUAUUCUCCAGCACUGGGAAAUUGCACGAAUAUGCGAGCACCAGCAUGAAAUCAAUCAUGACGAGAUAUGAGAAUAUUGAAGACAAGAAUAUGGAACACUUCAAUUAUCAAGACAAAAAUCGAUGGCAAAGAGAGGCUGUGAUCAUGAAGCGUCAUUUUGAAAACCUGCAAGAUUACUCCAGUUCCUUCAAUGGAGAAGAAUUGUCAAGGUUGAAGGUAAAAGACCUCCAACAAUUGGAACAACAAUUACAAACAAGCUUAUCUCAAAUUAGAGACAAAAAGAAGCAAAUUUUCAUGGAUGAAAUCCAACAACGGUCUCAAAAGAAGCUUUGUUUAGAGGAGGAAAAUAAAAAGCUACAUGAAAAGAUUUUGACAAAUGACAUAUCCAAAAAGUGUACAAGCAAUGUGAAAGAAUGUAUUGAUGGUGAAUCUCCAAGGGCACCUUUUACUCUUCAAUUGUGGUAGAUAUUGAUCAACUCUUUCCAACUCAAAUUAAAUUUAUAAACCCACUAUAAAAUUAGCUUAGUUGGAUUGCCCAGUUAAUUUUCUUCUCUUAUAAUUCAUUGCAAUU